UGAUUCAUGGGCACUUUUCUGCGCCAUCAUGAAUGACAUCUCCAAGUGGUACGAGUGGCGCGAACCGUCACCUACAGAAACGUCUCCCGCCCGUGGUCAAGUGAAUUUUAAGCCAUACGUAUCGCCCAUUAUCCUGGCCUGCAACAACGUUCAACAUAGUCUCCUAAAAUCUGUUGAUCCCAUUCUUCACGGUGUGUUGCAGAGCUCGGGUAUCAACUCGAUCUAUGGGCUGUACGAUGGCUUCGCCUGUUGUUCACGCAGUGAACUUUCGAUGGACGACGCGAUGAUUAUAUGGGAUGGGCUGUUCGCGAGCCCAAUCCCAAUUUCUGAGCUCGCUCAGUGGAUAUGCGUGGCUAUGCUUAUACGGAUACGAACUAAACCAUGCAACUCACAUACCUAUUGCGAUACCCUCCGUCUCAGGCGGAAGAUGGAGCCCCGCAUCACACAAUCCUACUACUCAUCCAACUCGCCACCUAAUCCUCUAGUGGAUGUGCCAUACCACUUACCGGCCGGUUUGCGACCUCGCAAUCCGCUGGAGAUCGGUCGUCGAAACCUUGAUCCCUUCGGUGGUAUCAAUCCUUUCCGGCCUCCUUCACUAUUCCCCGGUAAUGGAGGAGAUGGAAUGUUUGUUGGCCCAGAUCACCCAAUAUUUGGUAUAAGAGGCGACAGAGGCGACAGGUCACAUGGGAUGCGAGGACCAUGGGGUGGGGAUGGCUAUCUCAACCCAAGUUUCAAUGGAAGACCCCGGCGUGGACCUCCAGGAAGCGGGAACACAAGAGAUCCUGAUAACGAUGAGUUUAUGCCCCCUGGAGCCGGAGAUAUGUUUAUGUGAGAACGAUGUGAAAAGCUAUGGAUCCUGUACGACUUGAUGAGCCGUAACGAUCUUUGAGAGCAAUAAUCAAUCGCGGUUGCGAGAUUAAGCUAUAUUUUGUACUCUGUUAGCGAGCCGCUAGUAUAA